UGCCUCCUGAGCGAACCAGUGAAGAAAGGAGAGGCGGAGAGGCACGUUUUCCCGCCAUAUUUACUACACCCGCCUUAUUUCCAGCCAUUUUCCCCGCCGCCCCACCGCUCUGCUAUGUGAGCCCUUGCGCCGCUGAGCCACCCUUGCCACACGCCACUGAGAAAUAAGGAGAGAGGCGGCCAAAGAUCAGCAUGGGCCGUGGCGACAAUUUAACCAUCCUGUACCCUCCGGGGUGUCGGGAAGUGACAGAGGAUGUGGGUCCCGACGAGCUUAUCCGCCGUCUCAAGACUCUGGCACACACGCUGCAGUCCAUGGGGCAGGAUGAUGGGGCUUACCAGGAGUACAUUCCACUCGCCAUGCACAUAGCAGACGACUUCUUCCUGUCAUACCAAAGCCGUGAUGUGCAGUUGCUCAUCGCGUGUUGCAUCGCCGACGUGCUGAGAGUGUAUGCUCCUGAGGCACCUUACAAGGACCCAGCACAGGUUAAGACCAUCUUUAUGUUCCUGAUCAAGCAGCUGGGAGGCCUCAAGGACCCCAAGGAUCCUGCCUUCAAGCGCUACUUCUACCUCUUAGAAAACCUGGCUUAUGUCAAGUCCUUCAACAUGUGCUUUGAGUUAGAGGACUGCCAGGAGAUCUUCUGCAAGCUGUUCAAACUCAUCUUUAAUAUUGUCAAUGACGAACACAGCGGCAAAGUCAAAUCCUUCAUGCUCGACGUGCUGUGUCCGCUGAUCAAUGAGAGUGAUGUGGUGUCCAACGACCUCCUGGACAUCAUCCUCCUCAAUGUGGUGGAGCCGGCGAAGUCCCAGAGGAGGAACGCCUACCAAAUUGCCAAGGAACUGAUUAUCAAGUGCUCGGAUACGCUGGAACCUUAUAUUCAGGCUUUCUUCAACAAUGUGCUGAUCCUGGGUCGUGAGGAGAAGAGUCUGGUCAUCUCCAAGAAAGUUUACGACCUUAUCUAUGAGUUGAAUCACAUCUGCCCUUCGGUCCUGCUGGCUGUGCUCCCCCAGCUGGAAUACAAACUGAAGAGUGCCGACCAGGAGGAGAGGUACAGCUCAGUCUCCCUGCUGGCUCGUAUGUUCUCUGAGAAGGACUCCACUGUUGCUCUCAACCACACAGCUCUUUGGGAAGCCUUUUUGGGCAGGUUCAAUGACAUCAACAUCAAGAUCAGAACCAAGUGUGUGCAGUACUCGAUGCACUUCCUACUCAACCACCCGCUGCUGAGGAAGGACAUCACCGAGACACUUAAGCUGCGCCAACACGAUUCAGAGGAGAGUGUCAGGUAUGAGGUUGUGAUGGCUAUUGUCUCCACGGCCAAGAGGGACCUGAGCAUUGUGGCUGACAGUGAGGACCUCCUGGACUUUGUGAAGGAGAGAACACUGGAUAAGAAGUUUAAGAUCCGGAAGGAAGCAAUGUGUGGCCUGGCAAUGAUCUACAAGAAACACUUAAAUAAUCCAGAUGUGCCACCAGCAACACGUCAUGCUGUCACCUGGAUCAAGGAUAAAAUACUUCACGGCUAUUAUAUGACCAGCAUGGAUGACAGACUGCUAGUGGAGCGCCUUCUGAACACCUGCCUAGUACCUUACCAGCUACCACCAGAGGACCGCAUGAAGAAGCUGUUUUACCUCUUCGCCACCAUCGACGAGAAUGCCACCAAGGCCUUCAUCGAGCUUCAGAAACACCAGCUGGCAGUGCGUCGUCACGUGGCCGAGCUUAUCGAGCUUCACAGGCGGCCGCAGGAUGAGGAGAGAGACAAGGAGGUCGGCGUGAGACUGAACCAGCUCACCAAGUACCUGCCAGACCCUCUCAAGGUGAUCGAGUUCCUGAAGAAGUUCUCACAGCACCUCAGCACAGACUCACAGCUGUUGUCCCUCAUGGAGACGAUUGUUAGCCCAGAUGUCUCCUGCAAGGACAGUGUGGAUGCUGUGACUCAAAUCCUGAAGAAACUAGGGCAGCCGGUGAUGACCAACCUGUACUACAACACAAUUAAGAUGAUGCUGGAGCGAGUGUCGUGCGUCAUGGUGGACCACGUGGCCAUCCGAGUGUUGCUGAGCCUGGUGGAGGGCGCCCUUGAGGCAGACCCCUCCGUGCUUGACUCCCUCAACCUCACUGCUGACAUUGCCACUGAGAAAGGCCUCAAGCUGCUCUUUGUGCUGUCCUUUGUGUACCCGGCCCACUUCCUUCAUGAGGACAUCAUUGAGCGCCUCCACAACCUUCUAGAGCGCUCCAGCACCAUCUCCCCGUCCGUUCUCUCUGUCAUCACCUACAUCGGGAAGUACAAGCCCAUCGGCGAGGUGUUCCCCAGCCUGGCAGCGGUGCUCAUUCCAAUCUGCCAGAAGUUUGCUGAGCGUGGCACCCCCAAGCAGGCCAAGCAUGCUGUGCGCUGCCUACACACCAACUGCACUGCUGAGUCUGAGGAUGUGUUUGAGAAGAUACUGGAGAAAAUCAAGGAGCAGCUGAGUUUCAACAGUCCUCACUUCCGCACCUCCAUUGUGUCCCUGGGCCACAUAGCGUACCACAUGCCGGAGAAGUUCCUGGUUCCCAUCAAGAACAUCGUCUCCAGAAAGGUGGUGCGAGAGCUACUCAUGAGGAACCAGACGGCUGCACACACACCAGGCUCCACUGUGAGAGAGGAGGCCGACGAGUGGGUGGAGGAGGACGAACUGACGGAGGAGACCAUAGUGAAGAUGGAGGGCAUUAAGAUGAUGGCCCGGUGGCUCCUGGGGCUUAAAUCAGAUGUAAUAUCGGCGCAGAAGACCUUCCGGAUGUUGAACCACUUCAUCAUUAGCAAUGGGGACUUGCUGAAGACUGGGAAGAUGCUGAAGAGUGAGAUGGCCCACCUGCGUCUUGCUGCCGGUGCUGCGAUGCUCAAGAUCUGUGAGCAGAAGGGUGUUGGGGACCAGUUCACGUCGGAGCAGUUCUACAACCUCUCCAGACUGAUGUUUGACGAGUGCCCACAGGUGAGGGAGAGGUUUGCCAUCAAGCUACACAAGGGCUUAGUGAGAGGUAUCCCCAACAAAUGUUUGCCCCUAGACUUCAUGGGCUUCUAUGCACUGGCCGGGCAGGAACGGAACAGAAACCUGAAGGUUGCCGUCAAGCAGUACAUGAUGACGGACAUAAACAAACGCAGAGAGUACAUCCGAGGCCUGUCCAUGAGUGUAGGAGGAGAGAAAGCACAGAGCCAGAUCCCUCUCAUCAUGCCGGACUACAUGCUGGUGUUUGCCGUGCCCAUCCUGGCCAACCAGCCAAGCUUCAAGGACGUCACAGACACCACAGAGCUUCUCAACAUCCGCAACUGUCUGUGGUUCAUCCUGGAGCCUCUCAUGAACAAGAAUGAGACGUACUCCUUUGGGUUCUACAAGGCGCUUAUUGAACAGAUGAAGAACCACAAGGAUGCCAUCAGACCAGAGGAUGAACUUAGUAAUCAGAAACUGUGGGCGGUGUGUGACCUUGCCAUGGGCCUCAUCCUGUCCCGGACCAAGAGCUUUGAGAUGAAGGAGUUCCCCUCGGAGCCCAGGAUCCCCCCUAUGUACUUUAAGAAGCAUGAAGACCCCAACUUCGUAAACGUCAAGUCGUACCUUCCUGCGGAGCUCCAAGUGACAGCACCCAAGGGCUCCACCAAGCUGCUGACGGGCGUGAAGAAGGUCACCCACCCUCCCGUGAACACUGCUGUCAACCUUAACCUCAAGUCUCCUGUGGGCAGCAAGCAGCGGAACGACAGUAGAUCAGAGGAUGUGACCACAGGUAGCAGUAUAGACCUACCUAUGAUGAAGGGAGUAAAGUCUGAAGAUACCCUAAUGGAUGAGGAUGAGUCGAACACCACCCUGGCCGGGGCACGCAAGAGAGGCCGCAGCACAUUCACCCUUGGCGACGACCUAGAGGACCAGGAGGACAGCACCACCUUGUCCAACGUGAUCCCUGCCACCCCCUCCACCGCCCCGGCCACCAAGAAGGGGCGUUACGGAGCUGCCAUAGACGCCCCCACCACUAGGAUAUCAAGCUACCUACAAGAAGAGACUAAUGGAAAGACGUGAGUAGCCAAGGCAGGGGAGAAUUGACAAGAGAAUCUUCAUCAGAAAGGCAAAGAAAGGACUGUAGUUCUGAAUAGAGUUACACAGAUAGGACCAAGACCACAUCCUCUUGUGUUGGAGGACGGGGUGCCUCCCCUCGCUCCCCCUGCCACAUAGUAUCCAUACCAAAGUUUAGGUCUAUUAUCCAUGCCAGGGUUGAUGAGGGAUGUUCUGUGCUGGUCAGUCUUUGCGGGAGGGUCUGGAGGGUUGGCAGAGAGGCUGUCCUUUGCCGGGAUUCACUGAGUCACCAAGAACAUAUUUUCACUGAUUGUACCUUUUUUAUUCCGACGUGUGUCUGGGCAAUCGAGAAGAUUCGGUCUCGUGUCUCCUGCUGGUGAAAUUGUGUCAUCGCGGCCCAGGUGUUGUGCAGGCCAAGUUUUCCCAUAUCAUUGAUGGUCACGAACUAUUGCCUUUUUGUCUCACUGAGUAACAGUGGCUAAGUUACAUUGGGAUACACUGAAGUGUCUUUGAUAGACAGUGGCAGCUCCUUUUGUGUCUUGCAAGUCAUUAUUAUUUAUUCUCCACACAGAGACACCUGAUUUCUGGCAUUAUUCCAAAGCCUUGCUUGUCAGUACACCACAAGGAAUAGUCUCCAGAAUUGCAAGGAUGCUGACCUUGUUUUCUCAGGUACUCCAGUAACCACUAUCUUGUGUGGGACGCGCCCGUGUGUGUCCAGGGAGGGAAAGGAUGUGACAGAAGACACUUGGUUCACAAAUAUUAGAUGUGAGUGUUGAGGCUUUCUUGCCAUCCAGCCCAGAGCUUUGCCUAAGCUAUCCCUAGAUUAGCUCCACUCAGUGUUGUGCAGUUGUCUUAUUUUUAUAUAAUUGAGCAAGUCAUCGAGGGUAAAGCAGCCUGGAGCAGCGUUCUGCCCAGCAGGAGACUGACCCUGGGCCACACUCUGCGGCACACACGUGGGAGUGACUGGUGCUGGCGGGACAUUCAGUGUUGUGGUGGUGGCAGCAAGGCCUCGGCGCCACCCUGCACCACGCCACGCAAGGAACCGAGCGCUGGCAUCUGCACCACCUGGGAAACUGAAGUGAUCAGGAAACAAAGUGAUGAGAUGCAUUGAGACAAAGCAAAAUGAAGAAAUACAAUACCAGACAAAAGAAAAUGAAGUGAAAAGAUAUUUUGCAGUAGAAAAAAGGAACAGUUUCUUGAGAUGGACAACAAGUGAUUCAGUGAUGUUGAGAACCUCUUAUUUAUUGACUUUUCUCCUUGCUCCCUGGGUGGGAGAGUGAAUGAAGGAUAAAACAGAUGUUCAUGAACUGAUUUCAUUGUCAUUUGCAUCCCUAGGUUGAGACAUUACAGUAUAUAAGACACUGUUAUGAUCCAUACACACAACAUGUCAGUAUUUAUUGAUUUUGCUUCAGUAGGGACACAAACCUUUCAUCUUUUUAUUGCUCUCAUACCACAUUAAGCAUGACUAGAAGUGGAUGAAUGGGGUGACUUGGAACUAAACUUCACAUUCCUACCUUCCUUCUUUGCUUCUUCAAUCACUUGCACCACCACCACCACCACAUGUACUUCACCACCACCACCACUACCACCACCACUACCACCACCACCACCACCACCACCGCCACCACCACCGCCACCACCACCACCACCACCACCACCACCACCACCACCACCACCAUAACAACCAGCCACACUGACAGGUCACCAGCACACACACACCCUUUGUUCCAUCCGUCUUCCUCCUUCCCUCUCCUGUCUUUUCAUCAUUGGACAGUUUGGAUCAGUGUUUCUCCCUCACUGGGUGACCUCAGCUGUCUGUUUCCAGGAUUUGGAAAUCACCUGUAUGGCUUGGUUUUGUUGGCCAUGUUUCCAGUAUUAUUUUUUCCCCUUCUUUGUCAAUAGUUUAUUUUUUGUUUCAAGACCUGGAAGUUGACUGGUUCUCUGUGCAAGUUGUGUUCCCACGCAGCUUGUACUGUACCCAUCAUACACGCACACACACAGACACAUAUACAGACAGUCACACCUAAACACACAUCUAGACACAUACACAUGCACAGUCAUUGUCAGACACUAGAUAUGUUUCCUUGUGUAUAUAUAUAUGAUGUAGUUUUCUUAGUGAUCACCAGAAAGAAAUAUUUUGCAUAAUUUGGAUUUGGGUCUUGGCUAACACGGCCGCUGCCAAGAGACAAACACACAAGUAACAACCAUUGGCGAGACAAAUAAGAAACAAAACAAAACACGCAAAACAAAAAAAAGCAAAAAAAAAAAGUAUGGCUCUGGCCUUCCUCUUGCAAAAGGAAAGAAAGAAAAAAAUAAAACUUUGUGCCUUAUUCCUCUCCACUUGAUAGAUCACCAAACACUUUUUUCUUUUUUUUUUUUCUGAGGGCAUAACUUGCGGUUCCCUCCUCUCAUUGCUGUACAGCUUGUGUUUGUCCUGGCACGGCGCGAGUUGGAUUGGGUGCGUCUGUGUGUUUGUGUGUGCGUGUAGGAGUCGAAGAGAGAGCUUUGGUAUGUUUGGGUGAGGAUGUGAGUGAUUAGAUGUAUGAAUGGGUCUUGGGUGUAUAGGUGGGUGUGUUAACCUGUGUAGGACUGUGGGUGAGGGAUUAGAUGUGCGAGUGUGUAUAGGUGAGUGUGCUAGCUGAGUUAGCUUGUUUGUUUAGAUGAGUGAGUGUGUUAGCUUCUGCAUGCAUGGGAAAGUGUGUGCUAACCUGGAUGUGUCUGAGUGAGUAAGUGAAUUCACCUCCAAAGAAAUACUCCUGCGUUCAUGGGGGCUUGACAGAGUGAGGGAGAGCUGGGUAACGUAGAACACCCUAAGGAGUGCUUGGUUUUAUUUGUAGGUGUUAUUCGCUAGCCAGUAGACUUCUGUGUUUUCUCUUAUGUUCAUUGCAUCCAUUGAGGUUAUUACUGGGGUGAAAUGGAGGCUCUUUCACUUUGCUCCACCAACCUCAUGAGGGCGCAGUUUAGCUUGUGAAAUUGAAGUUGUUUGCUGCCAACUCAGUUCACAGGGCAGCAGAGCGACAGCAGUGAAAAUAUGCAACAUGAGAAAACACAAAAUGCGAGAGAGGAAACGCAGGUGUUUGCUGAUUCCAAUUGUGACCCAACACGUGGGUUCUGAUCACAGUAAUCCUCUUGUGGCCAGAGACAGGAGCGAGGGUUGAGGCUCAACUUGAAGCCAAGAUCUGUGGAGUGCCAACCGAAUUCCUUCUUUUAUUGUGCUUGGAAAAGAUUGGAAGUGUCAUGGAAUGUGUUAAUAGCAAAAAAAUUCUUAGCAUUUUUAGAUAUUUUGAUAAGACUGAAUGCAUGAUAUAUUUUCAAGCUCUAAAUUUCUUCAUUUAUUUGCAUAGUAAAAAUUGAAAACAUCACUGAAUUUGUAAAUAGCUAUAAUAGUUGAAAAUUGACUAAAAGCUUAUGUUUCUGCAUUGUGGAUCAGAUUAGGAAGUGAAUAAGGAUGAAAGGUGAGGUGUUGAGGUGGGUAGGGAUGAGACGCCAGCAUUGUAAUAGCAUUAACUCAUUACUCUUUGUCUCGCAACAGUCAUGAGCUGCUUACUUGGGUCUUUAAAAAGCUGAUAGCAAAAUUUCCCAUCUUCUCUGGUCAUACUUUCCUAGUCUCGGUAGAAACUUGUUGCCAUUCAUUUUUAAGUUCACAAUUUCAGUUCACAAGUUGACAGUGAUGGGCAGGAGGCAAGUGUUCAUUUGAUGCACCACACAUGCCAACGACACUCCCAGUCACGUGAGUUGUUGUGGCAUCCCUUUGGCUGCACUGUGGACCAAGGUUGUGUGUGUAGAAGGUUCAGUAACAGUACAAGGUGAAGACAGCAGCAGUGAUGGCCAGCUUUCCCUCAGUUCUUUGGGUUAUGAAGCUGUCUCUGUGGGCAACUCAACAGCAACUCUCAGCAUCUAAGCACUGCCUGGCUCACUGACAAACAUGACGAGCCUUAUCCUUCUUAUCGCAAUGAUGUUUACUGUAUUCUGUCACACUGAGAUGUUUUUUUCUGCUUUUUUGCCAUUCAGGAACAUUUCUCUUACUGAAUGCUGAUGUAUGUGUGCUUAAUUUAUUUAUUAUGUCUUAUGUUGUAUUGUCUUCUAUAAGUUGUGAAUGAAUUCUUUUCACUGAGGUAUCCACAAGAAACAGGUGGAUGGGUGUAGAGAAGCUGCCCUCGCUGGGACUUACAAGCUCAAGUUAUGUUUUCUUGUCUUUAUCAUUUGUGUGGGGUGUCACAGGAGGCUGCGGUGUCUUCCUGCCACUCCCUCCCUCCCUCCCUCCCUCCUUGUGUCUUGGUUUGAGGCUCACUGUCUUGUAUCUAUUUAUUUAGCUCACGUGGGAAGAGGAGUGUGGGGUACCUUAAGUUACAACCGCGGGAAGAUUUAUACGUAAAGACCAGGGACGUGCUUUGUUACUUUGAUGAUGGUAAUGUUAUAAUUGUGUUACAUGUUUAUUUAAGUGUUCCCAGGAGCGAUGUAUGUUGCUGUAAUUAUUUCACCGCAGUGUUGAUGAGAGAGAGUUGAGAGUCGAGGUGCAUUGGUGUGUUGUACAGGAGGGAGACUUGACACAGAAUUGCAGUGUUUAGUUAAUAAUUGGUGUUUGCCUCUUGUAGUGGCAGUGACACCGACUCUGCUGGAGGGAGCAGCUGUCAGGACUUCAGUGGAAGUAGUGGAGAUGUCAAGUGUUCUGUGGACCUGCACCACCUCUGCUUGAGAAUGUCUUAUACUUGCAUGCCAUUCAUCUAAACUGCGAAUAUUUUGUAAAACUUAAUUUACUAACUUUUGUGCUGGGAAAAUACUUGAUACUGGAGAUGUGUUGGCUUACAAGACUAAUCAGCUACUUGUAAUAUCCAUUCAAGUAAUACUGGAUUCAGUCUCAGAAAACCUGUUAUUUGCCUCUAACAAGUGUUGCAGGUGUUGAUUAGUUUGCUGAAAUACAUUUCCCAUUAGUAUUUUGGGAAUCAUGAGUCACAAGAAUGGCAUGCUGAGGAGACAGCCUUCUCUAGUUGCAGGGGUGACUGCUGCAGGAGUGGUGAAAUCCAUGGGUUACAAAGGAUGAAUAGAAUGAGGUCAGUUUUAAGGUCAUGCCUGGCAGCCAGGUCAUCCAGCAGUGUUGGUGAAGUGAAUCAUGAACACAAUUAUAAAAGGAAUUGUAAUUUUUUAUAUUCUUAUUGUAAGCACAGCACUGUGUCUGUUUUGUGGCUGCCCCGCAUACUGCUAUUAUACCAUGCAAACCAUAAACACAGGCAGACCUUUGGGGAAGAUGAUAGCAGUGCGUGGCAGCGACCAGGCUGGCACACUGCUGCAGUCUUGGACAAAUACGUAGCUUAACACAAUGACAGAAAAUGUGAAAGGGAAAAAAAUUGUGCAUUCAAAAAAAAGGAGCAGGAUUUGAUAUUUUCUUGAAUCAUUUGUUUUAUUUUUUAAUUCUAUAGAGAAAGGAAACACUGGUCUUUGUCAUUAUUUUCCUGGCGACGAUGAGGUGUUGAAUUGUCGAUGAGUGAGUGCUCCUCUGCAUUCAGCCCAGUGCAACAUAACACAACACAACACGUCAGUCACCAUUCAUACAACCACCACACAUCACCUGCCUGGAAAUCCCUUCGUAACCUUAGAAGAUAGACUAAGAGGAACCAAAACAGCCUUGUAAAGUUAAAAGAUAAGGAUGAAAACAUUUAA